GUUUUUGUGGCGUUUAUUGACGUCAAUGUGAAAAUGGCGUCCACUGAUGAAGAUUUGUGUACAAGUCACGCAGAUUUCGCGGUUAUAUGUUCAUUUGUCGACAAAUUCGGAGAGAAGCUGGGGUUACCCCUUCCUAACAUAGGCGAGCUUCAGAAUUUCCUCGAAGAUACAGACAACGUAAACCCACUACUCUCACAAGGUGUAUGUUUACUACUACGACGCAUUAAUAAAUCAGUUAAGUUUGAUCGUUGGGAAAGAGGACUCCAGCGAUUUGCACACUCCUAUUCACAUCAAGAUGGCUGGGAAUUGGAACGGUUUGGGUUUAAGAAAGCCAAAUUGGAAGUCAAGAUCAGAGUUUUCAAGAACUUACUUGAAGCACAGUUUGACCUGUAUAAGAGCUUCAAGGACAAGGUGAACUUGCUGGGUGCUUCAGAAUUACGUCUCCAACCGUGUGGACGUGAUAAAAAAGGGGUUUCAUAUUGGUGUCAGCUGGAUGACUGUGCUAAUCUUCGCAUCUACUGUGAUGAUCAAGAUGAAGAAACUUGGACUCUUGUGGCUAGCUCAAGAGAAGAGCUUGUGGCCCUCAUUGCUGAACUUGAUUCAGAGUCACCCCCUGGUGCAAGUCGGGAGAUGUCUGUUGAUGGAAGUCGUAGUGGAACAGUUACUCCAAUGGGACUAAGUGAGGCUCCCACUCCAGUUGACAGUAAAGCUGCCACACCAGUUGCCAGUGGCCGAACAUCUCCCGUUAUUGAUACUGGUCAAGCUAAAGAUGAUUCCAUUAAGAAGAUCAAAAGUGAAGUCGUAGAAAAAGUGAAAGAACGGCUAAAAGUAGAGGAGACGGAAGAUGUGCCUAAAAGUGGAGAAAAGUUAGAAGGAACAGUCAUCAAGAAAAAAGAAGAAGUGGAAAAUAAAAUGCCAAGUAAACUGACAGAAAAUAAAGAAGAAAAUCAGAAAGAUAAGAAAGGAAUUCCAGAUUCUGGUGAAACAAAAGCGCAUGCAGAAAGAGGAAAAGAUGUAAAAGAGGAACCGGUACAAGGAGUAAGUACAGUGGAAAUGAAGAAAGAGGAAAAUACUGCUCUUCAGGGAAUGGAUAAAAAACCUGAAGAAAAACCUUUACCUGUCAAUAAAGAUACUGUUAUGAGAGAAAGAGAUAAACUACCAGAAGCAAAUGAUAAAGUGGAAGUCAAGCGAAAGGAGACAGUAUGGGACAAACUGAGCAAACAAAAUGAGGAAAGAAUGGGAGCUCUUGCUGCUGGGAAAGAAGCAGCAAAAAGCAGUGUCACCCCUGAAAAGUUGCUUGAUGAAAAAUUAAAAACAAAACUAAAAGAAAUUGAAAGGGUACCUGCAGAGGGUCAGAAGGAAUCGGGAAUCAGGCCAGCAGGAGUAUCUGAUAGCCCUGUGAAACCAAGUGAUGAAAGAAAACAAGAAACUAAGGUUAGUGAAUUGAGUGUGGGGCCUAGUCAGGAUAAAGUUCUUCACAGUCCAGAGUUACAAAAUGCAAAGGAGAGUGGAAAAGCAGAUCAAAACGUUGGAUCUGGAGCACCUCCUACCCCUAAAGCAUCGGUAGAUAAGCCAUGGAUAUCACCAUUCCCAGCAUCAAUUGGGUCUGUAUCCAUAACUCCUGUUCAGCCGCCAAAGGAACGUGUAUUGCCUCCUGGUUCAGAAUCGAUCAUAAAGAAUUUGCCAGCAUCAACAACUAUAACGCCAGCAACAAAACAGGUACCUUUAUCACCCGGACAUGCCCCUACUGGAGUUUCUGAAGCCGGACUUCAGCCUCCUACAUCAAAAGCAGGCCCACUUUCUCCUACAUCGAAAACUGGACCACUUUCUCCUACUUCAAGAGCUGGCCCGCUCUCACCAACCUCAAAAACAGGACCACUUUCACCUACUUCCAAAACUGGACCACUUUCUCCCACUUCAAAAAUUGGGCCCCUUUCUCCAUCUUCAAGAGCUGGGCCUCUGUCUCCUCCAAAACCUGGGCCACUGUCACCAACUUCAAAGCUUGGGCCUCUUUCUCCAACUUCAAAGCUUGGGCCUCUUUCUCCAACUUCAAAAGUAGGAUCCUUAUCUGUGAUUCCAGUACCUUUGACUAAAACUGAAGCUCAUGUUCUACCUGUUAAAAGUGGGGCACUUUCUCCAACUUCAGUUCCAGCCAGCAAGAGCAGACCACUAUCUCCAACUUCAGCUCCAUCUAGCAAGAGUGGACCACUAUCUCCAACUUCAGCUCCAUCUAGCAAGAGUGGACCACUAUCUCCAACUUCAGCUCCAUCUAGCAAGAGUGGACCACUAUCUCCAACUUCAGUUCCAUCUAGCAAGAGUGUACCAGUAUUUCCAACUUCAGUUCCCUGUGGCAAGACUGGACCUCUAUCUCCAUCUUCAUUGCCUCCAAGUAAAAGUUGCCCUCUAUCUCCCUCAUCAUUACCAUUGGGAAAGAGUGGAUCACACAGUUCAAUAGAGGCGAAGCCAAGUAAAGAGGGUCCACUGUCGCCUCCAUCCUCUGUUAUUUCUGGUAGAGUUGCAAGAUCAGUUUCACCUUCAAAAGUUCCUGCUGAAAAGGAACCAAGCUUAGUACAGAAUUUACCAACAAGUAAAGAGGUUGAGAAGUCAAGUGAUUCGCACACUGUUUCAUCUUUAAAAAGUCAAGCAAAUACGGUUUCAGUUGCUGCUGCCGUCACAUCUUUGCCAUCAGCUCAGACUGCUUCAUCGCCUGCAGUUGUUUCAACUCAUUUAGUACAACACAGUAAAAUUCCUCCUCCAUCUUCAUCUGUUAAUGUGACAUCUAGUAUUCCAUCAUCAUCCUCUGCAUCUAGUAGUAAGACUAUAGGAUCUUCUUCUAAUGAGUCUUCAGCAAAAAUUCAGCAGAAUAAAGUACAAGUGUGUGGGGAUCCUCUGAAGUCUGUGUCAAGUGACAAAAGUGUAGCCUUGGCACCUGGAGAUAUUAUCCCGCCUUUCCCUCCAGUGCCAUCUAAAAGCACUCAUCCAUCAACACCAAAAGAUGUACCCCCAACAUCUUCAGUAUUAUCUCUUAAAUCUGUGCCUCCUGUAGUUCCAGCUCGUGCUGCUGAAGCAAUUCCUACUCCAAAUGUGCGGGCACCACCUCUUGACAGUGUAGCACCUCGUAUACCAGCUGAAGCACAGACUGAAACACCAGUACCUCCCUUCCCUCCAACUCCAGGAACAUUCCCACCAGUUCGUGAAUUAACAUCUAAUGAUGUACCUAGUGCUCCUGUAAUUCAAGUCAGUAAAGAUAAAUCAGUGAAAUAUUUCAAACCUCCUUCGCUAUUACCAUCAAGCAGUACUUACAUCUCUACUCCUCCCAGUAAAGCACCACCUUUUGAGCAAAUGGCUCCUUCAUUACCUGCAGAAUCUACUGUCUUAUCUGAGCCUUUUCCCAAAGUACCGACAGCUUUUCCAGCAGCCCCUGUCACUAAUAAGGAUACACCUUCAUCGAGUAGUACUCCUAAAACACAAGUUACAUCAGCUACCUAUUUCAGUUCACCACCGAAGUUCACAUCAAGCCCAACGAUACCAACUCCACCGACACGAGCACCAACAUUAGUGAAGGAUGCAGUUGUAACAGAGCCUCCUCAAAAGAAAGCUAAAGUGGAGGAUGCUAAAUUAGAAUCUCAAAAGGAAUCUCCCAAGGUACCAUUAGGAGGUUCUGGACGUGUCUUGAACCUUUUGAAGAGAUCACAUGUACCCAGCCCUGAUGAAAAGAAGGAAGUGGGUGGUGGUCCACAGGAGGCAAAGGUUAUGAGAAAGGAAGAACCUAAAACAAGUACACUUAUAGAGGAGAUAAAACUUAAGAAGGAAAGUAGUGUAGGGAAGACUCCUUUAUUAAGUAAGAGUGUCUUUCCAUCAAAGGAAGACAGCAUGACAAAAACUGGUACUGGAGUCCAACCGAGCACUGGUGCUGCAAAACCUCAUAAUGCUGAGGUCAAAUCGGGUACGGAAGUUAAGAAACCUAGUGGGGACCCCCCAAGGAGGCUUUUAAAACUUCACAAUUUUAGUAGAGAACCUGUGAAACCUGUUGUAACUCAGCCUGUAGAGAAAAAAGCAGAAACCUCUAGUAAAGAUGAACCGAAUAAAUUAGAAUCGGAAACUAAAAAUUCUGGAGUAGGAGAAGCUAUUGAAGAACCUGUGAUGAUUGUGAAAGGGGAGGGUGAAGGUGCUAAAUGCGAGUCGGGUAAUGACUUGCAUUAUCUAGAAGGUUGUCACUCCUCUAGACCAUGGUGGGAAUGCUUUGAUAAUGAUAGUAAUAGCCAUAAUGUAGUUGAUAACGAAGACAAUUGUGAAACUAUUGAAGAAAAUGUUAUGUAUUUUUGGGGAGAUGGAAAUGGUGUAGAUUGUGAUGCUGGUAAUAAUGGUGAUGAAACUGAAACCAAUGCUGAAACAAAGCAAGGGGGCAGUGGAAAUAGCACUCUAGUUGCAUCAGACAACCGAUCCAAUUCAACACCAGGCGAGAUAAAGUCUCAAAAGGAGAAAGAAGGUGGAAGAACGGAUAAUGACGUGAAGGAAGUAGAUGGGAUUGCUGACAGUGACGAAGCGAAAGUGAAUGGCUUAAGAACUUUAGAGUCUGAAAAGAAUUUAGAUCAGCUGGGAAAGACUGAAUCAAAAGGUGAUGGGAAGCUCUCGGGGGUUAAUGGCAAGAAGUCUAACGAAGACAAUGAUAUUUAUGGUGAGAAAAACAUUAUGAAUAAAAGUAGUAAGGUAGGUGAUGGAAAAAAUAAAAAAGACAAAUCACAUGGAAAUGAUAAUUGUGAAAAUAUAGUAAGUAAGGAUGUAUCUGAUAAGGGGGAAACUGUAAUUCAGAGACAAGACUCUUCUAAAACUAAGGAGGAGAAGGAAAGUACUGUAGCUUUAGGUCGUUCUGAUAGUUCUGUGAAGGGACCUGAGGAAACUGGUAGGGAAGCAUGUGCAAAGAGGGGUACACGGAAUCGAGCUAGUCUUGAAGAAGUGAAAGAUGAAAGUGAAGAAAGUGAGAAAGAGGAACUGGACAGCACUUUAGAGGAGACUGUCAUUAAGAAGAAGCGUGGCCGACCUAAAGGAACUACGGUGGCAGCCAGAGGGAGAAAACCAAAGCCGGUAAGGGCAGCUUCUCAGCCUUGUAGUGGUGGUGAGGAUGAAGAAAUUGAAGAGGGAAAUGAUGAUGAUCAAGAAAACUCAAAAAAGAAACGACAGCGUGGCAAAGGAAGUACAACAAGACCGCUUCCUGAUGCGCCAAGGCAGAGGUCUGCCCGCAUAGCUAAGAUUCGUGAAAAAGAAGAGGAGGAGCGAAGAAAGUUAGAAGCCCUUCGCAUGAAACAACUUGCUGAAGAGAAUAGGCUGAAAGAGUUGAAACGAAAGGCCAGAGAAGAAAGAAGGGCGCAACGGGAGAUCAAAAAGGGAAAACGUGAGAAGAAGGAAAAAAAGGAUAAAGAAAAAAAGAAGAGGAAAAAGAAGCGGGCCAAGAAAAAGACUGGUGCUGGAGAUCCCUGGGAAAAUUCGUCGUCGUCAUCAAGUUCCAGUUCAGAGGAAGAUGAUAUAGAAGAGGAGGAAGAGGAUGAAAAUCUAGAGUUCAAAAGUGACCAUGAAUUCAGCCCCGAGUCAGACAUUGAAGAAGCUGACGCACAGCCCAUCAGAAGAGCUCGGACAGCCAAAAAAGCUGUGACAAAGAGUGACAUUGAGGAAGAGGAGGAAGAAGAAGAGGAAGAGGAGGAGGAAGACCAGACACAGUGCACCAAAUGUGGCCAUGAUGACCACCCUGAAACAAUCUUGUUGUGUGACAAUUGUGAUGCAGGAUGGCAUCUCUCAUGCCUCAGACCUCCUUUACUUAGUGUUCCUGAAGGAGAUUGGAUUUGUCCAACCUGUGAACAUGUGAUGCUGAUUAAAAAAUUGAAGGAAGUUUUAGAAAGGUUUGAUGAAUGUCAGAAGAAGGCACAUAAUGAAGAGUUACGAAGGCAGCGCCUUGCGUAUGUCAAUGUGUCCUUAGACAACAUCCUUCCUGAAGGUGGGAAGAAGAAGAAGAAACACCGCUCGAGGGAAGAUGGUGAAGAAGAGGAUGAUGAUGAUGAAUCAGGCUCUGAUUCAGACUCUGACGAUUCUGACAGUGAGAGUGACGAUGACAGUACUGGGUCAAGUGAGUCUUCAAGUGAAUCGGAUGCACCUCUUUACACCUUACGAGCUCGAAGUUCAAGAACAUUGAAGGAGCAAGUGGAAGAUUUUGAUGAAAUGAUCAAUGAAGCUAUAAGAGAUGAAAUGGAGGCUGCGGCUGGUGCUGGAAAUGCUGGGAGAGGCAAAGAUAUUGACAAUAUCAUCCAAGCCAAUAAUGAAGAGGAGGAGGAGGAGGAGGAAGAAGAGGCGGAGGAUGAAGAAUAUAAAGAAGAAAAUGAAGAUGAAGUAGAAAACAAAGAAAAUGAAAAGCCAGGUGUUGAAAUUGACCGAACUGGAGAAAGUAAAGCAGAAAAGAAGGAGGAAGGCGAUGAAGUUAAAAGGGAACGAGAAGCAGAUGAUGAAGAGGAUGAAGUUGCACCUAAAAGAAAAAAACAGAAACCCUCAGAAAAUGCCAGUGAAAAUGAUGAAGACUAUAAAGAAAGUGAUGAGCAUCAAGACUCAGAUUCAGAUGAGGAAGAGGAAGUAAAACCUGUCCGGAAGAGAAGUAAGCCAUACAAUAUGUAUUUCAAGAAACGACGACGGCUUACAGAUCUUGAUGCGGAAGACGACGAUGAUGCUAGUGAUGAAGAUUUUAUGAAUACAAGUGAAGAGGAGGAGGAAGAGAGUGAAGAAUCUGCGGUAUCCUCCUCAUCAUUAGCCACAGAAUAUGACAGCGAUGAUUCUGAUGUCGUUGGUGGUAAAAGGAGACGUAGUAGUAGAUAUGAUAACCUUCCUCUUAGGAGGUCAGCGCGUAAUCGGCAAAGUGCUCCAUAUGAAGAAGAUUCAGAUGAUGAGAGAUAUGGAAAAAGAUCAAAGAAAAAGAAAAAAAGGAGAAGAAGUUCUUCAGAAGAGGAAGAAUCAUCUGAUAGUGAUAGAAGCUACAAACAUAAAAAGAAGGUAAAUCAAAGAAGAAAACAAGUUGGAAAAGUGAAAGGAAGAAGAGGAAGUAAGAAGGGAAGAGGAAAGAAACAGACAAAAUCCAAACCCAAAUCGAAAAAGAGCGGUGAGGAAGAUGGUGAAAAGCCAGUUAAGCCCCGGAUCAAGUACUCCAAGCCACCCAAGUCAGCUGAAGAUCAAGAGGAGGAGGUUGUAACACAAAAGCGAGUCACCAGAGGAAGACAAGUUAAUUAUUAUGAUGCUCUACUAAUGUCAGAUGAGUCUGAGGAGGAGGAGCCUAAAAAGAAGUGGAGAGGAAAGGUCAUGAAAGGUGAAAGGGUUCCUACAGAGAGUAGUGAAUACGAAGCUUCGGACGACGAGAGGAAGAAGCGGUGUGGUGUUAGUGGGGGUCUCGGUCGAGGCAAAGUCAUGAAGGGAGAAGAGGAGGAUGAGGAGGACAGUAGGCCAGGAUCUGGUAAGAAGAAACGAGGAAGACCCAAGAAAGAUGAGUUAAUUGGUAAACCUUCACCUCCGCGACCAUCUACUAUAAGACAAACUCCAGUCAUGCAAGUGUCUUCUGUACCUACACCAACGCCAACGCCAACACCUACACCAACACCUACACCAACACCAACACCAGCCCCAGCUCCAGCCCCAGCUCCGGCCCCAGCCCCAGCCCCAGCCCCAGCCCCAGCACCAGCACCGCCAGUAACACAAACUCCAGCACCAGCACCAGCAAAAGCACAACCGCAGUUCUUGCAAACCUCAUCUGCAACAUCAUCUCCACCUACAGUUAAACAAGCAACUACAAUACUUCCUCUUCCAGUUCGAAUAAAACCAACUGAUGCACCUACAAUACCAUCAUCUGCUUUACCACCUGCAACAGUACCUGUAACUAUGCAACCUGCAUCAGCAUAUGUCACAGCAGGUGCCUCACCUGUACAUCGCACACCGGAACCAGCUGUUAGUCCUUCACCAGGUGCACCUGUAACUGCAUCAGCACCUGCCACAAAAGUCAUUUCUGCUAGUGUUGUAGCUGCAUCGAAUUUAGGAGGCAAUAGUCCUGGUCAUCAACCACAGCAGCCUAUAGGAAAAUGGUCACCCCAUCUUCCAGGGGUUACAAUAACUAACGUUUCUGUCAGUAGCGCCCCUGGUACUCCACCUCGACCGAAUAUUGGUUCAGCUCCUGGAUCGGGCACACCACCACGACCCGGUCUCUCUGGUCCUCCCGUAACUGCAUCGCCACCUCCGCCAUAUAGAUCGUCACCCUUACCUAUGACUUCAGUUGGAAGAGGGGCAACACCUACCAGCACUGCUCCUGCCGUCAUGUCACCUGUAGGACCGCCAAAUACAUCGUCACCUCACUCUGCUGCCUAUCCGCCGUAUAGGCCACCAGAGCAUUAUUCCCCACACCCUGGAAAAGAGAGGUUUCCCUCUCAUCCAGCAUUUCCAGAAUAUGCAGCUCCUGGUAGGCAUUCCCCAAGUCCUCAUGGUGUCCCUUCAAGACAUCCUUCCCAUAUACCAUCUGGCCAUUCCCUUCCUCAUUUGCCUGCUGGUUAUGGACCUCCUGGGCCAGGUUCCUACCCUCCUGGUGGUGUCCCUCCACAUCCUGGAGUAUUGAGGGGACCCCCCCAUGAUUUGUAUAGACCACCCCAUAGUAGUCAUCCUAGCCAUGGGUCUCCCAGUCAUCCUGGACAUCCCCACCUUGUGAUGAAAGCAGGUUAUCCUGGCUUAGAACCCUUACCUUAUGCUGGCUCUCCUGGUCCCAGCCCGGGUUCUAUUGGAAUUCACCAAGGAUCUCAGGACUCUCCAGCACACCAGUCACCAAAUGAAGAUAGUAAAGAUGGGACGUUACCUUCAAGUAAAGGUCCUGGGGAGUUCAGCAGUGGCUUAAUGUCAUACUUUUCUAGCCAACGGGAUGAUGAUGUUGAGUAAACCUCAUUGGAUAAAGUGGCAACUCUUCACUUGGCAGUUGAAUGAAGGACUGUAUUUACUCCCUAGUAUUUUUAUAUUCUCAUUUUGUAUGGUCUCAAGCAAUGAUGCGCGUUACGUGUUUUAAUGUUAACAUUUAUAGUGGGAUUGCAAAGCAUUUCCAAAAAAAUUUUUGAGGUCUCAUUAUUAUUAUAGUUAUAUAAAUUAUAUUGUUUUAUAUGGGUUUAGCACAAAUUCUCAUUAGUUAUUUAACAGACGUGAGGCCGUUUUUACCUGAAAUAAUUAAUUUUACCUGAAAGUUAGCAAAGUGAAAAAAUAUUUUAGAUAUUGUUUUUAUUUUAUCUUGUAUGUGUUGUAGAGCUGUACAUAGUAAGCUUUUUGUAUUUCCUUUUAAGGAUUCUGUAAUAUAAUGUGCAAAGAUACAAAGCUAUAAUAAAACUAGAUGAUA